GAGAAGAACUCGCAUGUCGUUGCCAUGAAUGCCUCUGUUGACACCCCCCCAAAGAAUCGUCCAACGCUAUGCGGUUGCCUCUGUUUUGUUUAGCUUGUAGAUGUAGCAUGUAAGCAGUAGUCCUACUUCCCCCACCCAGUCCCUCACCCCUCCACCACCGUCACCACCACCACGCCCUCGCCACCUUUUUGCUUCGAGUCCUCUCCUUCGUAUGUAUAAAGAGAGAGAGAGAGGGGGGCGGGGGGAGCGGUAGCAGGAUUUGUGAUUGCUUUGUUUGGGGGUCUGAAGAGCGUCGCACCGCCGAAAGCGACGCCAGCUCGCUUAAUAGCAGCUUGGAGGUGGCCGCAGAGCCAGCUCGCCUUUCGGAAGUUCCAAGUAAUAAGCAGAGCCACGGAUACUGGAUGAUAUCAACACCAGUAAAGGAGCCAAAAGGAAGCGAAGGAGAAGAGAUACGCAUAUAUAUAUGUACGAGCGACAGUAAAGAGAGCCGAAAGGAAAGCAAAGGCGAAGAGGGGGAGGUAAUAAAAAGGAGACGAAGAGAAAAGAAGCAGCGAGAUACGCAGCUAGCACUCAUCAUCAUCAUCAUCGUCGUCGUCAUCAGUAGACGACACCCAUUUUUUACCUCCUCCUGAUAUACUCUCCUCCCUCUUCUUCUUCUUCUUUGCCUUCUUUCGUGAAGCCCACACCAUCGAGGGAGCACAGCGGCAGCGGAGCGGUGAUUCCAAGUAGGAUUAAUUCCUUCACCUUCCUCUGUUUUGAGAGAAGAAAGAGAGAGACUUUGGAGUGACAACUAGGCGGGAAGAUCGAGAGGAGGUAGGAGGAGUAGUCCUAUAGGUAUUCAAGAGCGGGAGGCUCGGGGAGACUGGCAGAGCAUAUACGUUAUAGGUUGAGAGAGAGAGAGAGAGGCGAGGAGAGGGAGAGAGUUGCUUCUGCUGGUGGUAAAGAUGAAGUUUAUGAAGCUGGGUUCCAAGCCGGAUGCUUUCCAGUCGGACGGCGGCAACAUCAGAUUGUACAAUAUAGUUCGUGUAGGGGCUAAUAAUUUCUCCACCAAAGAGGAUGAAGGUGGUGAAGAGGAGAAACUCUUCCACCAAAGAUCAAAGCUUUUGGGAAAUGCAGAUUUGUGGCCGUAAGCGGUGGUGUUCCGCUGUCACAGUUGACGGAGGGAAUUGGAAUGGAGAAGGAUCGCGACAGCUUCAUCAAGAACAACAAAUCCACGCUCGGUCAGAGGCGACAGGCAGUGCUCCGACCCGGCACUGCCCAUACCCCAUGACGACGAUGCAGGAACACAUACCCUCCACAUUUUGCUUCAACUCCCACGUGAUGGAUGGACCGGGGCGAUCUGAAAGAGAGGCCGAUGUGAUGGUGAUCGCACUACUAAUAGAGGUGGAGGAGAACCAUGCGAAACAGGUCUCCAAGUCCCAUUCAGAAUGGGGCUCCUUGUCGGCGUUGGACCACAUCCCACUUGGUUUGCUGGUCCAGCAUUUUGGUGUAGGAAAUUUUUCACUAACAGCAAUUGCUGUUCUUUCUUCCACCCUCCUUUCAUUUCUACCAAUAAUGAUAUCUGUGUGCUCUUCGAUUUCGGUAAGGAAGAUCAGCUGGUCGAUGACUAAGCUGUACCGGGGAGCAGCUGUGUUUGCUUUGAUUGGCUCCUUAAGUGCGAUUACAUGAGCCUUUGCUCAUAGAUCUUACUCCAUAAAACAGUAACAUCAUCAAGUUGUCAGCCUUUGCGGGACUAACAAUAGUGAGAACUAGUAAAGUUUGUGGUGUCUGAGCUACCAACAGAUGUAAUUGUACGUGUUGGCGAAGUGAGAUUUUUCUUGCACAAGUUUCCUCUUUUAUCCAAGAGCAACCGAUUACAAGGGUUGGUACUCAAGGCUGGUGAAGGAGGCACAGAUGAAAUCUACUUGCAUGAUUUUCCUGGUGGACCAAAAACCUUUGAGAUUUGUUCUAAAUUUUGCUAUGGCAUGACCGUGACGCUCAAUGCCUACAAUGUUGUCGCGUCUAGGUGUGCCGCAGAAUACCUCGAGAUGACUGAGGAUGUUGAGAAGGGGAAUCUGAUAUACAAAAUUGAGGUUUUUCUGAACUCAAGCGUGUUACGAAGUUGGAAAGAUUCUAUUAUUGUUCUACAGACCACAAUGUCUAUGCUACCGUGGUCCGAGGAACUUAAGGUGGUUGGAAGAUGCAUAGACUGCAUCACUUCCAAAACAUCUGUAGAACCGGCUGCUGUCACUUGGUCAUAUACCUAUGACAGGAAAUUGACAGCCUCAGAUGAUAUAACUGAAACCCAAAAAAGAAUGCAUCAAGUUCCUAAUGAUUGGUGGAUCGAAGAUAUAUGUGAGCUGGAUGUUGAUCUUUACAAGCGAGUGAUGGUCGCCCUGAAAUCGAAAGGGAGGAUGUCUUCAGACAUGAUCGGAGAGGCCCUCAAGGCCUAUACGGUUAGAUGGUUGCCAGAUUCUUAUGAUGCACUGGUUGCUGAUGAUUACAUGAAAAGGAACAGGAUUCUGGUAGAAACCAUUAUCUAUCUACUGCCUUCGGAUAAGUACUCAGGGUGUUCAUGCAGGUUUCUCCUGAAAUUGUUGAAAGUUGUUAUCUUGGUCGGAGCUAGAGAUCCAUCAAAGGAAGAACUUAUAGAUCGGAUUAGUAUGCAGCUGCACAAAGCAUCUGUUAAGGACCUACUGAUUCCAGCAAAAUCAAGUGGUGAUACAAUAUAUGAUGUACAUCUGGUGCAAAUCCUUGUUGGCAAAUUCAUGAUGCAAGUUGGUAGCACUCAUGACAUGAACAUUGCUGAUGAGAGUGAAAACAUAUCUUUGCUGGCUUUAGGAAGAUUGAUCGAUGGUUAUCUUGCUGAAAUUGCCUGCGAUUCAAACUUGUCGAUUUCUAGCUUUGUCGAUCUUGCUGAGUCCAUUCCUGAUGCAGCAAGACCUGAUCAUGAUGGAUUAUACACAGCCAUCGACAUCUAUUUAACGGAACAUCGAAACAUGACAAAAGCAGACAAAAAGAGGAUCUGUGGCCUGAUGGAUGUCAAGAAGCUCUCAACAGAAGCUAGCAUUCAUGCAGCACAGAAUGAGCGUCUGCCACUCCGUGUGGUCGUCCAAGUCCUUUUCUUCGAGCAGUUAAAGGCGGCAGGGGGUGCAUCAGCGGUGACCAAUGACACUUCACAUGACAGUUCAAUGAAUCGAGCCAUCUUGGAAGAAGAUUGGGAGGGGAGAGUCUCAGAGAAUGAUGACAGUCUAAAGCAGCAACUAGGGAGCUCGAAGAUAAAGGCUGAUGAGUGCCAGGACAGUGACGACAAGAAGAGUGUCAAGGACAAAGGUAGUAGCUUACUACUCCUGCCAUCUAGAUCAAGGAGGAUUUUUGACAAGCUGUGGGUUGGGAAGGGACAGGGCGAGACAAUUAAAAGCUCUGAAACAUCUGGGAGUUCACAAAGCCCUCCUAUCUCUGUGAAACCUGGAGAAGCCAAAUCUUCUGGCUCUUCAAGGCACAUGAGAAACUCUAUUUCAUGAGAAAGAUUCUCAUGUAGAAUGUCUCAUGGGCACACUGUAUAGAAGAAGGUGUUUCAGCUGCCGAUCUUAAUACAUGUUUUCUGCUGGUGUUCAAACUGUUCUCUUCCUCACAAUUAAGGGAGGUCAGAAAGCAGAUACAAAUCUGCUCUAUAUCAUCAUCAUCAUCAUCAUCAUCAUCAUCUUUUGAUUUAAUUUAUCUGACAUCUGAUCUUUAAAGUCCUGACAAGGAUGAUUGUGUAUGUGAAAUAACUGCAUGCGAUUGAAGGAUCAUAAGAUCAGAUUGCUUCCACUUGUUGCCAGUUGAUGAUAAUCAGUGAAAUAUCCUUAGAUUUUACAUAA